UGUUGUCGAACACUUGCCUGUGGGCAUCAAUGCGGAGGGAUUGCUGGUGAGACCAAAUGCUUACCAUGUUUAAUCUGCGCUAGUGAAGGGACAGCACAGGACGGUGAUGACGUUUGCGUGGUGUGUUUUACGGAUCGUUUAUGUGCUGCACCAUGUGUGCAGCUUGGUUGUGGUCAUGUGCUUCAUUAUCACUGCGUCCGAGCAGUUUUAGAGAAACGUUGGCCUGGUCCAAGAAUACAAUUCCGCUUCAUGAAUUGUCCACUAUGCAAUGUGCCGAUUUCACAUCCUGGUCUUGACGAUCUUCUUGAUCCGCUAUUGGCGUUGAAGUCUGAUGUAAUAACCAAGGCAAAGAUGCGUUUGGAGUUUGAUGGACUGAUGGGAUGCACAGCUCUCACUGAUCCGCAGAGGUAA